GCACAGGAGGCAACAGUGCAACGCUCUAGAGCGGAGAGAGAAGAAGAAGCAUUCCAUUUCGGGGUAAACAUGGCUGCUUCUGCUGGUUGUGAUCAUUACAUUCGAAGCUGCUUAUUGAAAGCACCUUGCUGCGGUAAACUGUACGUGUGUCGGCUGUGCCACGAUGCAGAGGAGAACCACCAGAUGGAUCGAUUCAAAGUCAGAGAGGUGCAGUGCUCAGCGUGUCUGACGGUGCAGCAGACACAGCAGACUUGUCAGCAAUGUCAUUUGCUGUUUGGGGAGUAUUACUGCGACAUUUGCCACUUGUUCGACAAAGACAAGAAGCAGUACCACUGUCAGCCCUGUGGAAUCUGCAGGAUUGGGCCCAGAGAGAAGUACUUUCACUGCGAGAAGUGCAAUUUGUGUUUAGCUCAGGAUCUGCAAGGAAACCACAAGUGUGUUGAAAAUGUUUCAAGGCAGAACUGUCCUGUCUGCAUGGAGGAUAUUCACACAUCCAGGAUUGGAGCUCAUGUUCUUCCAUGUGGCCAUCUUUUACACAAGACCUGCUUUGAUGACAUGAUCAGAACAGGAGCUUAUCGCUGCCCACUGUGCAUGCACAGUGCUUGUGACAUGCAGAACCAUUGGAAGGAGAUAGAUAAAGAGAUCGCUCAGUCACCAAUGCCCACUGAGUACCAAGGAGCAAUGGUCAAAAUUAUGUGUAACGACUGCCAAGCUCACUGUACGGUGCCUUUCCAUGUGCUGGGAAUGAAGUGCACCAGCUGCGGCUCGUACAACACAGCGCAGGACGGAGGACUCAUCCAGCUGCAGCAGCCCGAGCAGAACAUGGAGCCACAGCAGCACGAUCAACAGUAGUUUCCACACAACAUUAAGAGUACAUGCUUGACCAAAACCGAAGGCAUGUGAUGUAAUAACGAGCAUCUAGGGUAAAACUAGACUGAGCCGGUUUCUCCAGUUUGUACAUACAAAAAUGUAUUUAUCUAUUUUCCCUACCUGCUAACGUUCGUCGUGGAUGGAAUUUUUCCCAGGAUCCACUCGGUGGGAAUCACCGGACAGGAUCACCAUACUUACAAAGAAAGACAAUUUAGAAGCAUAGUCCAUAUGACCUGCAUGUUUAUAGGAGGCGGCACGAUUGAAUCAUUCAAAGCCACGCAGGUGAUGGUGUCAGUGGUGUGCAGUUGUGGUUAGUUAGCCCUGAUACAUCUGGUUUAUGUGCCAUAAAUCUUAUUUAAAUGAUCUGAGUAAGAGAAAGUGUUAACUAAUGUGUGUUUGUCAUUGGCAUUGGUCAGCCUGUGCUGUUACUUGCAUAGUCUCCCUGUUAGUCAAAUAUUUAACAGAUGGCAUUGUUUCUUCAUUAGUUCUAAAUACAUAUUUUAGUUUGUCAUUGUGGAUCCCUCUCUCUAUGAUUUUUAGUUGGAACUUGCUACAAGGGUUGAAAAUGGUUUAUUGUAUCAAAAUUCUAGUUCAAAUCAAACAUUCAUGCAUAUCUUUAAAAAAGGCUCAUUAUAUAUAAACUUGAUGAUCUAUUUGUCUUUAAAGCUGUCAUCAAAACCCACUUAUAAUUGUAAAAUACUAUAUGUGCAAUCUGAAAUUUAAAAAACGAAAUUGCAUACAAAUGGAAAUAUAUGUGAAUUAAAUUUAGAUGGCUUUGUAAUGCUCCACAGCUAGCCAACAUCCUGUAUAAUUUCUGUUGUACCCACAGACUGUAUAUUAAAGAAAGAUGCAUGUAACCUCAAAGAUUUCAAAAGCGGAGUCUGUGAGGAAGUGCCUUGAAUUUGCUUUCUUUCUACUGACCAGCAGGGGGCGACGUCUGUUUGCAAAAAGAAGUCAGACUGCAAAAAAUUCUGCGAUGAUUGCAUACUUUAUACUUGAUUUGUGACCUCGAUAAACACAUUCUUGAUAGGUUUAUGAUCUUAAUUGUUCAAUUCAUUUUGUAAAUUAUGGCGCCCAUUUUAGAGGAAAGGAGAGUAUGCUGUUUAGUGUGUUUGGCAGCUGCUAACGCACGAGCAUGUAGCAAUUAUUACGUUCAGUUUGAAAACAUCAAGACAGCGGCUGCCAAAAUGCUGAGGAUGAGACUUCGGUCUUUGAUAUACAGUCUGUGGUUGUGGCUGCUGUGAUAAAUGGCCCUUGAUUAUUUUUGCAUGUUUGCCCCUUGCAGGUAUCAGGUUUGCUGAACUGUACUCUGACUGUAAUACACACUCAUAUUAAACACUCAUUUUACUAAACAGUU